CACGCUUUUGGAUCCACGCACUAAUCAAGCUCAGAAUGUCGCGUGUCAUUUAAAAACAAUAGGAGGCCUGCAGUAAGCGAGAGCACGAGCUGGAAAUGCAAAACGCAAAUAGUCUACUGUGAGCGCAUCCAUAAGGACAAAGCCUGAAAACUAUCCAAUUUCAUGUGGUUCUUCCAAACAAGCAUGGAAGGAGGACUAGAUAAUCAAAUUACCAGUGCAUGGAACAACAACCCCAAUUAUUCUGGUUUCGGUGCUUUAUGAGUGGGAUGAUACAAUGAAAUGAAGGUGUUUUUUUGUCUCAAGCCCAAUCUACAGAAAUGCUGGGAGCAUGGUUGGGGGGGUGUACGGGCACCCCUUGGCUGCUGUCUGCUAAUGAUUCUUAUAAUCUGCAUGGCAUUCAUUGGGGAAAGCAAGUAUAUGGAGUUGCAUCUGGAAACCCUACAAGAUGUAUGGGCAGGACACCGCUUAUUCACCCACAUACUUUGUACUCCGGAUCCUAGUCUUCUGCUUCUAUCCCUAUUCCUGCUUCCUCUUCUUUGCUGGCAGAUAGAGGAAUAUUUGGGGACUUUGCAAUUUCUGCAGCUCUCAUGUCUGUGUACCCUGUGCACUGGCACACUUUAUCUCCUGCUGUCCUGGCUGCUGCCCUCACCCACAGUACCAGCAUCUGGUUACCUGGCUACUCAGCUUGCCUUUAUGACAAUUUAUUGGCUGGUUCUGCAGGGCCGUUCCCACACUAAACUGACACCGUUGCUGCUCUGUGGAAUCCUGAUUAUAACUGAGCUCCUGUGUACACAUUGUCCAUUUCUGCUGCACAUCUGCGGGAUCAUCGUUGGCAUGACUUUGCGUUAUAGAUUACUCACUUUCUUGAAGCUAACAGAGUCGCAUAGAAAAAUGCUGGAAAAAAGCAAUGUAUUUCACUACCUGGCAUCUGUUCCCUUUGUAAAAUGUGUUCCUUCUAAGGAUAAAGACACUCUUUUGCCAGUGAUUGACUCCAGAGACACUCUUUUGCCAGUGAUUGAUUCCAGAGCACAUGAAAGACUUCCUUUCCCCCAUGCUGUUCUCCCUCAGUCUGCCACUUUUAAUGAUAUAACUUGGGGAGAGUUAUCCUCUGACACUUGGUUACACGAUGGCUUAAGAGACAUGCCACCAGCCUCUCUGUUAAUGGAAUCAGAAGAGUUGGAGGAACAGCUACUGAGCGCUAGUAUCCAGGCAUCGCUAAGAGAGUACAGGAAAGAAGAGCCUGAAGAGUAUGCCCUGCAGAAAUCCAGCGUGUCUGCCCUCAGGCUGCAGCAGUUGGAACGGAUGGGCUUUCCCACAGGACCUGCAGUACUGGCAUUAGCAGCAACAGGAAAGGUGGAAAGAGCAGUGUCCCUGCUUGUUGAGGGGCAAGUUGGAGCAGACAUUAGAGUGACAAGUGAGAAGCCAGCAACACAGAGGCACUGUGGCCCACCAGAACAAGCCCAUACAUGUGAUGUCACAGAAGACAGUCAUUAGGCAUUCUGACCUACACAUAAAUACUUAACUGCCAUACAAACAUUAUUUUAUAGGAUGUAUAAAACUCCAGUAUGCAGAUCCAUAUCAACAUUUGCAUGGUGUAAAAUGCUGCGGUGUUUUCAAGCACAGGAACUGCAUGACAUGAGCAAUCUUUUCUAAUAGUUUUUAAUAUUAUGAGUUUUACAUUAUUUGCAGGGUCUUCUAAUAAAUAUACAAAAAAAGAUGGGAUUUUUGUAAAAAAAAAAACAAAAAAUAGUAUUUUAUUUAUACAAAUGUAUUUAUUUUUCAUGGUGGAUGACAAGAUUGUGGGAUAUGUAUCUGCUUGUUCUGAUAUGGGUGUUAAUGUAUAUAUCAUUUACUGUUGCCCACUCAUCAUCCUGUUUUUUCAGUCUUUACUUUACAGUUUGUUAUUAGAUGCUGUUUGUUGGGGAAUUUUGAUGCUUGAAGGGGUGCUUUAGAAUCAAUUAAAGGGGCACAGAUGUAAUUCUUCAGUUAAUACAGAAGACUCAUGUUCAUAUAAAGCUCUUGGUCCAUGUUCCAUUAUUUAUAAGAGGACUAAGUGGAUGCAAGUAAAAUCAUUAUUAUUGUAUGGAUACUUAAAGUGGACCUGUCAUCCAGACAUAAAAAGCUGUAUAAUAAAAGUCCUUUUCAAAUUAAA